AAUCACCAAUAUUUCAUCAUCAUCCAUCAUUUCUUGCCACAUUUCCAGCAUGGCGAGCGCUCUCACACAAUCAUUCGCGGUACUUUUCUUAUGCCUCUUCACGCAAGAAUCGCGCACGGAGCUGUUUACCGCCAUCGUGCACCUCGAACCUCUUCUCGCGGCCGAUAAUUCCAUCGCCAUGAUCAUCCGACGUUAUCUCGAUGCCGAAUAUACCCGGCUCGCUCGUCUCGAAUCAUACUAUGCUGAAUUAGCCCUACUAGAAUCCCUCCACGACACCGGCGGCCGCACUGACUUUAUGGUCAUCAGCCGGCUUUCCUGGACUUGGCUUCGAAACACGAACGCCACCACAGAGGAAACCAAGGUCAAUGCGGACGUCAUCAAGGUUAGGGACAGCCUUCCAAUGCCGACCGAGGAAGACCUUGACGGAGCAGCCGUGGGACUUUGCCGCUUGCUGACCACAUACAAACUGACCGUUCAGCAACUAGUUGAUCUAAGAACGCCAGGGGUCAGGAUGCCGUCAGUCACCGAGUUCUUGGAGGUAGCGGAGCGUUGCUUUGCCGAUUAUGACCCUAGGAAUGCAGCCUUGUGGUUCCAACAGGCACUGGAAGCCUACGACAAAAAGAAUGAACUCUUUGGCUUUUACAUCGACCGCGGGGACAUAGUGAAAGACAUGGCUGAGGCAUUAUUCACCGCAGGUGCGCCGCAUACAGCGUUGCAAGCCGUUAAUGAGCAGUUAAGGAGGACGCCAGAUGACGAAGACUUGCUGAGAAUGCGAGACAAGUGUGAGAAGGAACUGCGAAAAGAAACAUUUUGUAGUCCCAGUUCUGGCGAUGAUGACUCAUUUUACAAGUUGUGCCUUCGAAGUGAAAGGCAAUCCUCUCCGAAAUUUUAUUGCAAGACCACAACAAAUAAUGGGCAAGCCUGGUUGCUUCUCCAACCUCUUAGGAUGGAAAUUAUAAGCGUUGAGCCGAGAAUCCUUGUAUUUCACGACUUCCUGAAUCCAGAAGAAUGCCGAACCCUUCGAGAUUUGGCGCGACCGAGAUUGUUCCGCGCACAUGUGUAUAAAGGGGUAAACAUGAGCCACUUCAGCGGUCGCAUUGGGAAGGUAUCCUGGUUUAAGGACUGCGAACACCAGGUCAUUCGACGCACUCUUCGCCGAAUUACCGCAGUUACGGGGUUGUCGCUUGACUCGGCUGAACAACUACAAAUCCUCAACUACGGAGUAGGCGGUCACUACGUAUCUCAUUACGACUUUAAACAGAAAGGCCAAAUGGAGGACGAUAGAUACAAGAGGGAUGGGAAUCGUCUGGCAACUUGGCUCAUCUAUCUUUCUGACGUCACCCUCGGAGGCGCCACUGUUUUCACAAGGUCGCGUCUAACUGUGGAGCCAAAAGAAGGGAAGGCAGUCUUCUGGUACAACCUUGUGCCUGAUCCAGAAAAUGCGACGGACGUCGGAAGAUGGGGGGAGGUCCGUACCGGAGACAUGAGACUGGAGCACGGGGCUUGCCCGGUUCUUCGGGGCUCCAAGUGGAUCGCCACCAAGUGGUUUCAUGAGCGUGCUCAAGCACGGCUGUAUUAUGAUCGCCCGGAUUAAUAAUGGAUUAUUAUGUUGUGCUCUGA